GCCUACCCUGUCUUGGCACAUCAUGGAGUCUGAGCCUUCGACACACGUGUAGUGGUUAUUUGUUGAUAUGUUUGAAUUUAAAGAACAGUAUCUUACUUUCUUUCGCACAUAAAUAUCUAAAUCAAAUAUACUUAUAUUGUUUUCUAUGCAACAAGAUCAGACAACAUGUUGACGACCAAGAUAUUCUUCAGAAAAACUAAAGGGGGGAAUGUGUUUAAGACUGUUAGGGAGCACUACCUCAGAAAUGAUAUUCACUGUGGAUCUAAAGCUUGUGAAAAAUGCAUGUGCAAAACUAGGAACAUAAUUUUAGACGAUGAAGAUUCGAGUGUGAAGAGUUCUAAAAUAACAGAACCUUAUUAUUUAUUAAUUGAUACUAAUAUUAUUUUAGAUCAGAUUGACAUUUUGGAAGAAGAUGUCAUUUGCAAUGUUAUAAUUGUGCAAACAGUAUUAGAAGAAGUGAAACAUAGAAGUUCCAUGGUUUAUAAGAGACUGAAGAAUAUUAUUACCAACCCACAGAGAAAAUUUUAUGUAUUUGUGAAUGAACAUCAUAAAGAAACUUAUAUCGAGCGUAAUCCCGGUGAAAGCACAAAUGAUAGAAAUGAUAGAGCAAUUAGAGUCGCAACGAAGUGGUAUAACGCACAUUUACAUCUGGAUGAUAAUAAGAUCAAAACUGUGCUAUUGACAGAUGAUGCACGAAACAGAGAAUUGGCAGAGAAAGAAGAAAUUCCAGCUAUCUCAAUGGAGGAUUAUAUUUUAUCACUAGAGAAUUCAGCCUUUUUGGCUGAUAAGUUGUGUAAAAAGAAUUAUAGCGCAGUGUGCGAAGGUCCAGAGUUUUUCCCAUGUCAUCUUACACCAUCUGAAUUACAUGAUGGCAUAAAAACUGGGAAACUUCAACAGGGAACGUUUCAAGCUUCGAAAGAGAACUUCCUCGAAGGAUUUGUGAAUGUAGAUGGAGUUGAAAAAUCUAUUUUUAUCCAAGGUCGCAGUAGCCUUAAUAGAGCUGUUGAUGGCGAUACAGUUGCAGUGGAACUUUUGCCAGAGGAUCAGUGGUCAUCACCCAGUGAUAUUGUUUUACAAGAUGAAGAAGAAACAGACGUUGAUAAUGUUUUAGAAGUAAAAAAAGUGAUAGACAAAUUUGAUCCGUCGAACAAAAUGCAAAAGACACAGACUGGUAAAGUUGUUGGAAUUAUUCGAAGGAAUUGGAGACAAUAUUGUGGAAUAUUACAGACCAGUAACAUUGAAACGAAUGUGCGACAUAUAUUCGUGCCAGCCGAACGAAAAAUACCUAAAAUAAGAAUCGAAACUAGACAAUAUACAGUGUUGUGUAAACAAAGGAUCAUUGUAGCUAUUGAUUCAUGGCCGCGUAAUUCUAGAUAUCCUCUUGGUCAUUUCGUACGUGCGUUAGGUGAAAUAGGAAACAAAACGACUGAAAACGAAGUGAUAUUGUUGGAACAUGAUAUUCCUCAUAGUCGAUUUUCUGAUGCUGUGCUUAGCUCAUUACCAAAGAUGCCGUGGAAUGUCACGGAUGUCGACUUAGCGCAAAGGGAAGAUCUAAGGCAUCUAGAUAUAUGCUCAGUCGAUCCACCCGGGUGUACAGAUAUUGAUGACGCACUUCAUUGCAGAGAUCUGCCAAAUGGUAAUCUAGAAGUAGGUGUACAUAUUGCGGAUGUAACGCAUUUUAUGAGGCCUGGUACAGCGUUGGAUAAAGAAGCAGCAUUGCGGUCUACGACUGUAUAUUUGGUUGACAGGAGAAUUCAUAUGCUUCCUGACUUACUUAGUUCAAAUCUCUGCUCUCUGCUGGAGAAGGUAGAGAGAUUAACAUUUUCUUGCAUAUGGGAAAUGGACAAGGAUGCAAAUAUAAUUAACACUAAAUUUUGUAAGUCGAUAAUUUGCUCACGAGCAGCGAUGACUUACGAUGAAGCUCAAUUAAAAAUUGACGAUGCCACUCAACAAGAUCCACUUGUGAAGUCAUUAAGGAAUCUUAAUAAUUUAGCCAAAAAGUUAAAGAAGAAACGUCUGGACAAUGGAGCAUUGGUAUUAGCAUCUCCGGAAAUUCGUUUCCAAGUAGAUUGCGAAACGCAUGAUCCUAUCGAGGUAGAAGCAAAGAAGUUGCGAGAAACUAAUUCCAUGGUAGAGGAAUUCAUGUUGCUUGCAAAUAUUUCGGUUGCGAAGAAGAUCGUGGAAGAGUUUCCAGAAUAUGCUGUACUAAGAAGGCAUCCUGAACCACCACCUGCUAAUUUCGAGCCUCUCAUAAAAGCCGCAAAAAAUCAGGGUUUCACUAUGAAUGUAAAUAGUGGCAAAGAAUUAGCAGCGUCGUUAGAUGAAUGUCACAAAGAAAACAACCCGUAUUUCAAUAUUAUGUUAAGGAUACUUGCCACACGUUGUAUGAUGCAAGCUGUAUAUUUUAUUAGUGGCAUGCUUCAACCAAAUGAUUACUAUCACUAUGGCUUAGCGUGUCCUAUAUAUACUCAUUUCACAUCGCCUAUUCGAAGGUAUGCAGACGUUAUGGUUCAUCGUUUAUUGGCAGUUUGCAUUGGGGCCGACGCAACAUACCCGGACUUGUUAGACAAAAAGAAGAAUCACGCACUUUGUCAGAAUAUGAAUUAUCGUCAUAGAAUGGCUCAGUACGCAGCUCGAGCAUCCGUAGCGCUAAACACUCACUUAUUCUUCAGAGAAAAAAUUCAAGAUGAAGAAGGCUAUAUACUUUUUGUACGAAAGAAUGCGCUGCAAAUACUGGUGCUGAAAUACGGCUUGGAGGGAACUCUGUACUUGAAUAAAGAUAAAAAUUCGGACGUCACGUUUACAUACAACGCCGAGAAUCAUUCGCAAACCUGUGGAAACACCGUGUUCCGUACUUUCGAUCCGGUCACCGUGCAAAUAAGCUUAAACAGAUCUAACGUUCAGCAUGAAAAAUUAAUAUUCAAGCUGGUUAAACCAUUUAUCCCAGGAUUCAGCGUGCCUGCAGCAAACGCGCAGUCCUGUAGGAUAACAGUGGAAGAAGGCACAAAAGAAACGGCGAAACGAAAGAUGGAAACAGAGAAACAACAGAGCAACAAUGCGAAAGGUGGUGGGAAUAAGAAACGACAGAAGAAAAGGAAACACUAACCUCGUUGUGUGUUUAAUUAAAGAUGCGAAGCUAUUACGUUAGACGUAAUAUAUGAAUGUAAUAAUAAUUAUGUGUUAAUUAUGAUCGUAUAAAGAGAAAGACAACCUUACAUAAGUA